GCUAGGAUCAGGCACUCGCCAGAGGCGCCUUGAGUCGGCCGCAUCCCAGGAACCCUCGCGGCGCCGGGGUCCUCGUAGGCACUGCCGGCAGCCGCACGUGUUGGGAGCAUCAUGCCUAAGUCCAAACGUGACAAGAAGGUUUCCUUAACGAAGACUGCCAAGAAAGGCUUAGAACUCAAACAAAACCUGAUAGAAGAGCUUCGAAAAUGUGUGGAUACAUACAAAUACCUUUUCAUCUUCUCCGUGGCAAACAUGAGGAACAGCAAACUGAAGGAUAUCAGAAGCGCUUGGAAGCACAGCCGGAUUUUCUUUGGCAAGAACAAGGUCAUGAUGGUGGCUUUGGGCCGAGGUCCUACUGAUGAGUAUAAAGACAACCUACACCAGGUCAGCAAGAAGCUGAGGGGUGAGGUCGGUCUCUUGUUCACCAAUAGAACGAAGAAGGAAGUAAAUGAGUGGUUCAGUAAGUAUACAGAAAUGGAUUACGCCCGAGCUGGUAACAAAGCGACUUUCACUGUCAGCCUGGACGCAGGGCCCCUGGAGCAGUUCCCCCACUCUAUGGAGCCUCAGCUAAGGCAGCUUGGUCUGCCCACAGCCCUCAAGAAAGGUGUUGUGACCCUGCUCUCUGACUACCAGGUGUGUAAGGAGGGUGAUGUGCUGACCCCUGAGCAGGCUCGAGUCCUGAAGCUGUUUGGGUUCGAGAUGGCAGAAUUCAGAGUUAACAUCAAGUAUCUGUGGCAGGCUGAGUCAGGGAAGUUUGAGCAUCUGGGGGAGGAUGCGGAGGAGGACUACGAUGACAGCAGCUCCUCAAAGGAAUCAGAAGACUCAGAGGAUGACGAUUAACUGCAGACAGCCCAACCCAGGAGCCCCCUCGGUCAGGCACCGGACUUGGCUCUGUUCCAGCCUCUCAGAGCUGCUGCCUCCCCUCAGUAAGGAAAGAGCAAUUGAUUUUGCAGGACUCUCAGGAAAGAGGUGCAGGGCAUGCGUGACUUUUUAUAUAGAAUAAAGUGUGGCCAGAGGAGUGGGUGCUCUCCCUGUGGGCAAAGGGAAGAAUGUGGCUCUGCUGUGGAGUCCCACUUCUUUCUGGUUUUCAGCCUAAACCAUUCUGUCCAACGCCUGGAGGCUUAAAGGGAACGAGGUAAAGAGGAAGGGAUGGAGUUUACUCUCCUGCACUUCUCUCCUGACCUUGCUAGCUUCCCCCUGUACCUGGCCUUCUCCAGAUGUCUGUGAUAGGAAAUACCAAAGUUGGGAGUAUGGAAGGAAAAUGCAGCCUUUACAGAAGAAAGUGGCCCCUGGUGCCCCUGGGAUGAAGCCAGCAGCCAUAGGGAGGCAGGGUAUCUCGGACCCUGAGAGGAGAAGCCAGGAGAAGUUGGGUUCCUUCGUGUGCAAAAACCUUUGAGUGUUAGUGGUAUGAGAUAUCCUGGAUUAGACCAUAUAUAGAGAUGUCGUAAGACACGAACCACUGGGUAGACAGGGACCACUUCACAUUUUUCAUUACCUCCCACAACACUAAUUCAUUUAUAUAGCACACUUUGAAAAUUUGCAGACCCUCUGAGGUAGGUGUGACGAGUAUUAUCUCCAUUUACAGCUGAGGAAACAGACUAGGCUUCCCCUGCCCACGUUCACACGGGAAGUAAGAAUCAAAGGCAGGAUUCCAAUUCGAGUCUCAUCCCACUGUGCCCUGCUGUUUCUCAUAGUCUGAGAGGCGCAGCACAUCGGAGUGCUUGCUUCCGGAGUGGCGCAGAGGCAUUUUCAACAGUCCCCAGGCUCAAAGUCUUAUCAUCCUGGGCAGGGCUUCUUCCAUUUUCUGUGUUGAGGACCCCUUGGGCUGUGUCUAAUGAAGCCCAUGAAACCUUUCUUUUCUCCCAUAUUUAAAAUUCCCAGGAUCACAGAGGAAGCCAACUAUUUUGAAAUAACAUUUGUCCAAAUAUUUUCAAACAUGUUAAGAGCCCCUGGUCUAGGAUCAAAUUGGCCUUUUUUUCCUUUCACCUUCCCAGCAAAGACCUCACCUUCUGUAAGAAGUCUUUCUCGGGCCGCAUUAAUGCUAGUGCCUUCCCUAUGGUCGUUAUCUUCCCCAUUUAUCCUGGAAAUAUCUCGUUUGUACCGAACUAUCUGCAUGUUGUCUCCCCAAUUAGCCUGGGAGCAUAAUAAAUGCUUGUUAGCUGAC